AUGAUAGUCAUUGUUUCAGGUUCAGAAAAGGGUCGCGGUACACUGGACGUGUUGCUGUGCACGACAUAUUGUCGUUCUCAACUAUAUCUAUCUCGUCAACUUUCUCAGCUGCAUCCGGAACUCACUAUGCCCAUGUUUUCUGAGAUAACAGCGCGCUUUCAAACGGCGCGAACGGAGGUCCGUCAGCUGCUGCUGCAGUAUUUGCUGCCUUGGCUCGUCAACAUUGAGCUGGUCGACCCGAAUGUACCGCCAGCCAAUCCGCUCUCGUAUAUACAAUACUACGGUGCGGAGGGUGGACGUAGUGGGAGAAGGGAGGGCCUCGGAUCCGUGGAGGCGACAGAGAUGGUGCUCAACAAUCUCUUUUACAUCACUGUCAAGUUCUCAGACCAACACCCGAAGGAGAUAGAGGAACUCUGGUCGACACUCUGCGCUUGCUGGCCGAACAACUUGAAAGUGAUCAUACGUUAUUUGAUUAUUGUUUCCGGAAUGGCGCCCAACGAACUAUUGCCCUACGCGAAACGCGUUGUGCUAUAUCUGGCAAGAUCUCGACCCGAACGACUGCUGGAUGAGAUGAUGACCGAGUUGCAAACAGUUGAGACACUGAACUGUCUCAUUGAACGAACGGAGACGCCGCCCUUCUACAGGUUGACAUCGAUGAGGAAGGCCACUUCAGGUCACAGUGAUGGGCCUGGUGCUGGAUCACAGGAUGCCACUGGACGUACCUGUGAUUUGGCGCCUGUCGAAAAAGGCACAAUACACACAAAGCGGCACAGCGGCGAAGAUCCGGCGAAAGCUGCGAGUGUGAAGUCGGAGACUCCGGGUCGUAGUCAGGAUAAGCGGGCAUCAGCACCCCCCUGUGUCACCCCACCGGCUGAUGAGGAAUUGUCACCGCCGUCGGAUGGGGAUGCUACCCCGACCGGAAUUUGUCCUGAAACAAGCGUAUGCGCCGGCAGCGGGCCGACAACGCCGCAAGAAACUAGAAUGGAUGUGCCGCAACCUCGCCCGCUGCCAAUGCCUGAAUAUGGCGGCUUUUUCGCGUUACUCACAGAGUAUCUUCCGGAUACUAAUCAACCUGUUUCCGGUUUCCAUAGAUGCAACGUUGCAGUCAUGUUACUCUGUGAUGUCGUGUUGGAUGGUGUUGAGCUGGACUGGUCUAUCCAUGUUCCUCUCAUGCUCCAUAUCGUCUUCCUAGGCAUGGAUCAUACAAGGUGGUUGGUCCAUCAACACUGCCGGCAGUUGCUCCUGAAUCUCCUGGUGGCGGUGGCUGCCCACCACGACCACCUAACGGUAGCCCGUGUGCUGUUGGCUGCGCGCUCUUCCCAGCUCGGUCUACCGUUACCACCACCAUCGUUACCACUCGUCAUACAUAAUUUUACUGAACCAGACGCCGUGUUCGACGGUCAAACUCAGUGCACACAUUCGCCAAGGACUCACGUCCGCUCGCUGUCUUCAGACCCACAAGUGACGCCUGAAGCUGAGGGCGACAACUAUCCAUCCCUUCCAGUAAUCGUGACCAAUGAAACGGAGGGUCCGCCUCCGGGAGGAAGCGAGACCGAGGGGGAGGCACUCCACCCUCAGGAGAUGACGGAACUCCCUGUCGCUGAUGCGAUUAAGAGUUUGGUACACUUCCUCGCCAGUCGUCCGACACACAUGCCACUAUGGCAGUAUGAGGACAUCACAGCUAAAGUUUGGUCGCUGCGCAGUUGCCAACAGAUGGCGACACUGUUGGCGCACGUUCUGCGCAUCUUCCGCGAAUCGUUGCCGCAUGCGCUUAUAUCGGAGCGGUGGGCACAGACGGCUUUACAACUCGGUCUUUCGUGUCCGUCCAGACAUUAUGCUGGACGUUCGCUACAGGUGUUUCGUUUCAUUGGUGUGGCGAUGACCGGCCGUAUGGUCUCCGAUAUUCUCUCGCGGCUGGUAGAGACGGUGGCCGAACAAGGGGAAGAUAUGCAAGGCUACGUCACAGAGCUGCUCCUGACCCUCGAAGCGGCUGUGGACUCGCUGGAAUCGAACUUCAGACCGCUAGACUACAUGCGAGACAUAUUCAAAAGCACGCCCAAUCUAAAUAAUAAAGAAGCUCCGCAGCCAAAUGGAAACGUUUAUAAUGCUGGUAAGCGUUCGCCGGGCGUCUGCGUCGGUUGCGUGAACAACCACACACGCAGCACCAGCUACUCAGUGUCAUAUUGCAUGCGCAAGAGCAACGCCCCCUCCGCCCCGCACUCGUCGCACUCUACGCCCUCUGACAAGCAUUCGCACGAGAGCAGGACCCGGUUAUGCAGCGAAGCGGUGAAGGGCGCGUGCUCUAACUUAUGUCGGUCACGUUCUGCGCAGUCGCUAAAACUACUCGGCGAUACAGCCACGCAGGAUGAUAAACUGACAAUUCUAGCCACGGUGUUUUGGGUGGGUGCGUCCGUGCUCGAAUCAGAUUAUGAGCAUGAGUUUCUUCUCGGAGUACGGUUGUUGGCCAGAGUCAUGGCGAGGCUACCACUUGACAGGCCGGAUGCGCGCGAGCGCCUCGAUCGCACACAAGUACACGCGCCACAUUCACCGACGUCUCUACAUUCGCUACUGCUCAAGGGCUGUACGCAUCCGAAUACCUACGAGCCAGUGGUUGGGGUCCUCGUUGAUAUGAUCCCGCUUCUGGAGUUGCCCGUGAUCGAUCCUACGCAAUCACUCGCUUUCCCAAUGACGGUGGUCGCCUUGCUGCCCUAUAUGCUCUUGCACUAUGAAGACGCGAACGAACUAUGCGUACGCGCAGCUUGCCAUAUAGCACAGUUCACAGCGGAGAAAAGCAAGAAGUUGGAGAAUUUAGGUACUGUAAUGACGCUCUACUCGCGUCGCACCUUCAGCAAGGAGAGCUUCCAGUGGACCAAGUGUGUGGUGAAAUACUUGUGGGAUACCUACUCGCAUCUCUCGCUGCAGAUGCUAGCAUUCCUGGUAGAGGUUUUGGAAAAGGGUGCGACAAAUCUUCAACUACCGGUGUUGUCUAUUCUACACUGCAUGCUGUACUAUGUGGAACUGAACGCACCUGCAGCGCAGCCCGUUAACGCUGACCUUCUAAAGGCGGUCGCCAAAUUUAUUGACCAAGAUGGAAAUAACUACAAGGAGGCGAUGAAGAUUCUCAAACUGGUUGUAACCCGGUGCUCAACCCUUGUUGUACCACCACAUUGGGAACACGCUCUUGAUCCGCUAAUACAUAAAAAGGAGCUACCUGGCCGUACCAUGGACUUCACCUUUGAUCUCUCUCAAACUCCAGUGAUAGGCCGUAAAUACUUGCCGAAAGGGGGGAGCCAACCCCCAACUGGACCUAGUUCUCUGUCUAACGCGUCAUCAACUACCCCAGACAAAGGCUCGUCGACUGGUUCAGCUUCUACAGUGGUGGGUGCCGAAAGUAGUCAGCCAGCGAACAGUGUACCACAUUACGCUGCCUCACCACGUCGUUCGCUAUCGCUCUCGCCCGCGGAUGCGCUUGCCAGCGGCUGGCGGAGGCCGUGGAUGUCGCAGAGCCGAGUCCGGGAAUGCCUCGUGAAUCUCCUAACGACCUGUGGACAGCGGGUCGGCCUGCCAAAGAGCCCGUCUGUGAUCUUCAGUCAAAGUUCGGAGUUGCUAGAACGAGAGUCCUCAAUGGCAUCCUCGCUAGAGGAGGUGUCCGGGACACCAGGCAAUGAACCUUCCGGCGGGGCGCCCCCCACCGAUCACUUUGGCGUCUUCAAGGACUUUGACUUCUUGGAGUACGAGAGCGAGAGUAUUGAGGGUGAGAGUUCUGAUAACUUCAACUGGGGCGUGCGUCGUCGUUUGCCGAGUGAAGAGAGGGAGGAAGGUCUUACUCGUGAAAGGAGUGCCCCGGUUACCGAGUUCACUGAGCGACACCAUCAUAGACCGGCCGGACACGAAGACUCGUCAGAUGAGGAGGGUGCUUGGGACGAAAGUGGGAGUCGGGGGGAGGGAGACGGCGCCCACGAUAUGUCACUGAGGCCACGAGCUCUCUCCCUGUCAAGUGCCUCUAGUGGGGAUCAAGAUGCGGAACGAGGUGAGUUGACACCAGUACCCGGCGCUAUGCGCGAUGCGUGGCGAUGUUCGGUCGCGGCUCUUUUACGCCACGCGAGCCAGUUGCCACCGAUGACACUCGUCCAUCGUCUGCAUACCGUUCUCAAGGAGGUAACGGCGAAAACAAUAUCGGUCUGCGGCGAGGGCUCACUAGUGGGCAUGAUGGGUUUGAGCGUGGGCCUGGGAGGGGGCGAGCUGGGCGCAGUUCUUGAGCGGCUCAGCACGGAAGAGCCGCCGUUGCUAUGGUGUGCGCCCGCUGUUGCCGAAUGCGCGCGCGUCAGGGACGCGGUACGAUUUGCUGCUCUAGAAAUCAACGAACAUCUGGAGACGUACUUCGACAGGCUUGAGACGUUAGAAGUAUCACGGAGCAUGGAGGAGACCGGCCGCUGUCUGUACAAGCUGAUAUUCCAGCUGCUCUUGCUGCUGGAAACCAACAACAAGAUGGUGGUAGCAGUAUACCACGCGGCUCUUGAUAAUAGGGGCGUAGAGAUGAGCAGCGCAGUGAACAGUGUCCGUGCAGCGCUGUUGGCUCACGCCGGUGACUCUUGGGAGACCUCACCGUCGCCCGCGCCGCACGACGACUCGCGGCUCUUGCAGCUAAUACAACGACAAAGAUGGGGUGCGGCCCUGUCGCUGGUACGGGAACGCAACGCUGAACGAAUCCUGGAACGCGGCGAACUACCCGAAGAUGACGUUACCAGCCUUCUUCACGUCUAUUGCAAGGGGCUGGUUCAAGGGCACCCUGAUAUGGUGGCAAUAACACGUCCAGUGAAGGAACUGUCGCAGAACCUGUCUUUCAUGAUGGAGAGCCUCUACAAGGUGUCCGUGGCACUGCAGCGUCAAGAGUUCGUGUAA